UGCAGCGGAAGUUGCGCAUUGCUUCCCGCGCCUGUCCAUGUUGCAGAGUACUCUCUCUCUCUCUCUCUCUCUCUCUCUUCUACUAGGUGCUGUGGACUGCGUGUUCUUCCUUCCCUUUCUCCCACCAUCAGUUCGUUGGUAUAUGAGGGGCUUGACACUGGUUGCGACUCGUUGCGUCUUCUGACGAUACUUUUGACGAUACUUCUGGCGACUGCGCGCGCGCACGUUGCAUUCCCGCUACUACUAGCUGCGCUACUUACCUAGUCCAAGCCUCCAAGCUUACAUGUACUAACAGAGACCAAGGGUGUUUCCAAGGCGGCAUCCAACUAGCUCUGUCAUAACCGCCAUUGGAUAUAUCGUCAGUUGCCCUACCCAGCUUCUCUCCGUAUAACUACCUUGAGUGCCCUAUCUCCCUCGACAGUUCUCAUCCUCUUGCCUCUCUUGGUUGUUGGGCACGCCGACAUCGCUCUCCCGUCCAAAUAACCAAGCACUUUGCCUAGCUUGACACUCCAUAGCGAAGCCAUCGCCGACACAACUCUUUGCUUUCUUUAAGCCUAAUUGCUCCUCUUCCUUGCCAUACCCUGGUUACCUUCGCAGCUAUUCGUUUCGUGGGAUUGCAUUUGAUCAAUGCCAAUGUUCGCUUAGUGCUCACAAGUGUUGAACCUGUAUCUCUUCUCACACGUCAGUGUGAGAGUGUCUAAUAAACCAUGGCGCCUCGAACAGUAACUUCGAACGAAGUCUACCUUCUGCCUCUCAAAGAUAAUGGAGCCCCUGAUGUACAAGACGAAUACAUAUACCUAGCUCCAGCAUCCGAUGAUCCGAUAACAAUAAGAUUCACAAUCGAAGGUACUUCUUCGAUAUGUCGGAAUGGCAGCCUCUGGGUCAACAUCCCUACGAAAGGGUCCGAGUUUCAUCGAAACCAAUUCACUGAGUACAAACUCGUCCCAGACUUCAAUCGAAAUAUCGAGAUCUCCAUCCCCAUAUACGGAGCUGGUGCCUUUGCAUUCUAUACUACCUAUUCCGAACUCCCCGAACUCUCAAAUACGAUCGACUCCGGUAGCACUCCGCCGCCGAAAAAACAAACUCCUCUAUACUACAUCGAUGUCGCCCCUCGCCUAUCUCUCGACGGCCGGCCUCUGCCUUUGCCUGCACUGUCCAUCUUCUCUGUCAUCAGCAAAUUCAUGGGUGAAUACCCAUCGAGCUGGGAAAAGCAUCUGCGAGGUAUUAGCGGCCGCGGAUACAAUAUGAUACACUUUACGCCACUCCAGAUACGGGGUGCUUCGAAUUCUCCUUAUAGCUUGUAUGAUCAAUUAGGCUGGGACCCUGAUUGUUUUCCUCGUGGAGAAGAAGACGUACAACAGAUGGUUAACAGCCUGGAGCAGAACCACUCUCUGCUUAGUCUGACUGAUAUUGUUCUCAAUCACACCGCUCACAACAGCAAGUGGCUAUUGGAGCAUCCAGAAGCAGGUUACAACCUGACCACAGCCCCGUGGCUGGAAUCUGCUUACGUCCUUGACACUGAGCUGCUCAAGUUUAGUUUCCAGCUUGAAGAGCUGGGAUACCCCAUUGACUUGAAAUCCGUGGACGAUCUUGUUAAACUUAUGGACGGCAUCAAGAAACACGUCGUUGCGGAAAUUCGGCUUUGGGAAUAUUACGCUUUAGAUGUGGACAGAGAUGCCGAUGCAGCCGUUCAGUCUUGGGCCCAAGGCCAACCCAACGAUGUGAACGGAGAUGCAGCAGACUUUGAUCGUCUGAAAGAUGCCAGCCUUAAGGAUCAAGUCGAAUACAUAUUUUCGAAGGGUUUAAUGGGGAAUGAUAGGCUAGGCGAGCGAUUUCGACGUCGUAUCGACCCCAACAUCUUAGCUUCUUUCUUAGCGGCUACCUUUGGGAAAUACCGAGGCGAAGCUGAUGAGUCUACUAUCCGUGAAAAGGCUGUACAGAUUUUGGAUGCUAUAAACGUUCGGUUUUACGAUGAAUAUGACAAGGAGAUAGCAGUUAUUCUACAGCAACUCUUCAACCGGAUCAAAUAUGUCCGUCUGGAUGACCACGGCCCCAAACUAGGAGUUAUCAACCACGACAACCCACUGAUCGAAUCAUACUUCACCCGCCUCGACAAAUCGGAAGCAUCAGACCAGCUCAAGGCAGAAGAUUUAGUUCUCGUCAACAAUGGCUGGGUAUGGGCUGGAAAUGCAUUGGUCGACAACGCGGGCCCCGAAUCACGGGUCUACUUGCGCAGAGAAGUAAUCGUUUGGGGAGACUGUGUCAAGCUGCGGUACGGAAAAGGUCCAGAGGAUAGCCCUUGGCUUUGGGAAUAUAUGACUAAAUAUGCUCGAAUGCUGGCGAAGUAUUUUGCAGGAUUCAGGAUCGACAACUGUCACUCGACUCCUUUGCAUGUUGCUGAGCACAUUCUAGAUGAAGCUCGUCGUGUUCGGCCCAACUUGUAUGUGGUGGCAGAGCUCUUCACCGGAUCGGAGGAAAUGGAUUAUGUAUUUGUCAAGAGACUCGGCCUCAGUUCCUUGAUCAGAGAAGCUAUGCAAGCCUGGAGCACAGCUGAAAUGAGUAGGCUUGUUCACCGCCAUGGUGGUCGCCCAAUCGGCAGCUUCGAGCUUGAUGAAGCGCCAAAGGGAAGCUCUGGGAGUGUCCCCAACAGCGCACCUGGAAGUCCUAACCCUGCGAGCGAUGAAGUUAUUACCCGCGAGAGAGUACAUAAAAUCAAGCCUGCUCCAGUACAAGCACUCUUCAUGGACUGCACGCAUGAUAACGAAGUGCCCGCCCAGAAGAGGGAUGCUCGGGACACACUACCCAAUGCGGCAUUAGUAUGUAUGUGCGCCAGCGCUGCAGGAAGCGUCAUGGGUUAUGAUGAGAUAUAUCCUAAACUCAUCGACUUGGUUGGUGAGACGAGGCUCUACACGUCUGAGUCUUCUGAAGCGAAAGAGAUCGUAACCGGCAGUGGAAAGGGCGGAAUAGGCGGGGUCAGGAAACUGUUAAAUCAGAUUCAUACGUUAAUGGGUAAAGAUGGUUAUGAUGAAACAUAUAUUCAUCAUGAAGAUCAGUAUAUCACAGUCCACAGGGUACAUCCUGAGUCAAGAAAAGGUUAUUUCUUGAUUGCCCAUACCGCAUAUCCUGGUUAUGGCAACGGCAAUGGCGCAUUCAGCUCUGUCAAUCUGAGCGGUACAAAGGCACGUCACUUGGGAAGCUGGAUGCUCGAAGUUGAUGUAAGCGACGAAACCAGGCAAGAUGUGGAGGGCGACAAGAAGUACCUCCGAGGUCUCCCUAGUCGUGUGGCUGAUGUCCCCGGAAUUCGUAUGGAAGUCAAAGGAGAUACUACUGUGAUUACUGUUCGCGACAAGUUUCCGCCCGGAAGUAUCGCUCUAUUUGAAACGUGGAUUCCAACCGCAGAACACUCCGCUGGUCUGGACAACUAUGUCACAUCGGGCUCAAAGGCGGCCAUGUCAGAGUUAGAUUUGGUGGAUCUAAACUUCCUCUUGUACCGAUGUGAAGCAGAGGAACGAGACGGUAGCGACGGCAAGGAUGGCGCAUAUGACAUACCUAAUUCCGGGAAGAUCGUAUAUGCUGGUCUCCAGGGCUGGUGGAGCCUUUUGAAGGACAUCAUCAAAGAAAACAACCUAGCACACCCGCUGUGUCAGAACCUCCGUGAUGGACCAUGGGCCAUGGAUUACAUAGUCGGGCGCUUGGAGAGAAUCAGCCAGAAGCCGGAGUUUACCAGCCUAUCAAAGCCAGCAGAAUGGCUGAAGGAGCGGUUCAACGCUAUAAGAAGCAUUCCAAGCUUUCUUAUGCCACGAUAUUUCGCCCUAAUCAUUAGGACAGCUUAUACGGCCGCUUGGGAAAGGGGUCUUGAGCUAAUGAGUGAUCAUGUACACAAUGGCCAAUGGUUUCUUCAGAGCCUUGGUAUGGUCAGCAUACAGCAGACAGGAAUUAUCAAGUCAGCGUCAUUAUGGCCGAAGAAGCUUGUCCCUUCGUUAGCUGCCGGGCUUCCCCAUUUUGCAGUUGAGUGGGCUCGCUGCUGGGGACGUGAUGUGUUCAUCUCCCUUCGUGGUCUUUAUAUUGCCACUGGUCGCUAUGAGGAGGCUGCCGAACACAUCUUUGCCUUUGCAAGUGUUCUUAAGCAUGGUAUGAUUCCCAAUCUUCUCAGCAGUGGGAAUCUCCCACGUUACAACAGCCGCGAUUCAAUCUGGUUCUUCCUGCAGUGUAUACAAGAUUAUACCCGAUAUGCACCAGAUGGAAUGAGUCUUUUGACCAGGGAAGUUAAACGAAGGUUCCUACCCUACGACGACACCUGGUUUGCCUCUGACGAUCCAAGAGCUUACUCUACCAAGAGUCUUAUUCAAGAUGUCAUUCAGGAAGCUAUGCAGCGACAUGCAUCCGGGAUGAAAUUCCGUGAAGCUAAUGCUGGUCCCGACAUUGACAUGCAGAUGCGGGACGAAGGUUUCAACAUUGAAAUCAAUGUGGACUGGUCAAACGGAAUCAUAUUUGGUGGCAAUCAGUUUAAUUGUGGCACAUGGAUGGACAAGAUGGGUGAAAGCGAACGCGCUGGUUCGAAGGGUGUGCCAGGGACUCCCCGUGAUGGAGCAGCCAUUGAGAUCACUGGGCUUCUAUAUAGCACUCUCACAUGGCUUGCUAAACUGAAUUCCGAGGGGAAGUAUCCGUAUAGCGGUGUCAAGAAGUCCGACGGCAGCGAGAUUACCUUUUCAGCUUGGGCCGACUUGCUCAAGUCAAGCUUCGAGUACAGCUACUAUGUGCCCAAGAACCCUUCAGACGACAACAAGUACGCCGUGAACUCUAGCAUCGUGAACAGACGCGGUAUCUACAAGGAUCUGUUCCGCUCCGGCAAAGAAUACGAGGAUUACCAGCUGCGUCCUAACUUCGCCAUCGCCAUGACCGUAGCUCCCGAUCUGUUCGAUCCAGACCACGCAAUGGAUUGCCUUAUCCUCGCGGACAAAGCCCUGCGCGGACCCACAGGCAUGGCGACCCUUGACCCCUCAGACCUCAACUACCGCCCAUUCUACAUCAACAGCGAAGAUUCCACGGACUUCGCCACCUCCAAAGGCCGCAACUACCACCAAGGCCCCGAAUGGCUCUGGCCCACAGGCUUCUUUCUCCGCGCCCUCUUGAAAUUCGACCUCGCGAGACGCACGACGAAAGAAGGACGCGUCGAAGCCUUCCAACAAGUCACGCGCCGCCUCAGCGGCUGCAAGGAAAUGAUAGAAAGCAGUCCCUGGGCAGGCCUAACCGAGCUCACGCAGAAAGAUGGCCAGCACUGCGCUGACUCGAGUCCCACGCAGGCCUGGAGCGCCGGGUGUCUUGUUGAUUUGUAUAUGGACGCCGCUGAGUACGGGAUGGCGUAAAACUUACCUUACCUUACUUACCUAGCUGAUUGUGCUAGAAGAGAAAAGAAGUACGUAGAUAGAUGGAUCAAUAUCUGAGCGGAUGGAAUAGGUGUCUAUCGGUGGGAAGGAGGGGGUGUGAUAAAGGCUUUGAAAAAAGAACAUGAACAUUAAAAUAAAUACGAUGGAUGGUAAAUAGAGCAUAAUUACGAGUAAUUUUAAAUCAACGUACAUGGUCCUGGGAUUUCAGAAUCUUUUCUUUUCUUGUCUGCUUUUUUCUCCUUCCUUCCUUCCUUUUCUUUCGUUGUAGACACGAUUAGCUCUUAACUGUUAACUGAAUUAAGCAAAGCACGCAAGACACCUUCACGAAAGCAAUUGUUCUUUUUCUCCAUAGUGAGUGAUUCUUACUC